AUGAUGGUCAACGACGACUGGUCCAGAGCGGCCAUGAAAGACGACUCGAUUCUCGUCGAGUUUCUCUUACAGCUAAAACACGGCGUUAACACUAAAUCUCAGCCCGUGCCGUUUACUUGGGGAAACAAACAACCACGCUCAAGAUCGAGGUUAACCGCCUCCGUCUCUCGCUGCGACCGUGCUUUUUCAACCAGAUGCAGUCCAACGACGCCGCUCUCUUGGAGUGGUGGCGCAUCUCCGUCUCUCACUGCUGACGGUUACGAAGAUUCCAGUCGCUACCAAAACCACCACGCCGUCAGAUCCAAGGCUACUGCUACAAGUGGAUACACAAGCAACUCCGCCUCUACCAAAAGGGGCAGAAAGAAAAAGUCUUUUGCAGAAUUGAAGGAAGAGGAGAGCUCCCUGAUAAAGGAAAAGAUCUAUUUAGAAAGGGAGAUUGCCACUAAAAAUGCAAAUUUUGAGGUAAUGAGAACUACGAAUGAGAGUUUGAAGAGGAUGAAGCUUGGUUUUGGAUCAAAAUCUCAUAACAAGCCAAGUUCAACUUCUGUUGAACUGCGGGGUACGGUUGCUGGUCAGCCCCACCAGAGAAUAGUAUCUUCUGAGGUCCAUGACGCCCCAGACAACACUCGCCCACAAGCAUCAGAAUCUAGGCCUAACAGGAUUGAGUCAACCGGGGAAAGUUUUUUCAUGAUACCAGAUCUAAAUAUGAUGCCAUCUGAGGAUGGUAUGAGUUGA